AUGGCGCCGGCCUGGUUUACUGCAGCGGAUAACCUCAACCACAAUUACCAACUUGGAGGCGGCAGUAUCAUGGCACUCGGAACGUACAAUUUUGCAGUCAUGCGCAUGAUCUUUGAUCAAGAGCCCGAAGAGUGCCUCGAAUGCGAUACUAAAGUCUUUGAUGACGGCAACUGCAAACAGUGCGACUACACUUUCAGGGCCAGAUUUCAAUUUCCCAACGGAACUGGUGAUGCCACGGCCACUGUGAAGGGCCCUGCCCUCUGGAAGCCUUCUGAAGCCAGAGUCACACAUCGGAAAGUUGUGGUCCCCGACAAGAACUUGCCGGACACCCAUGAGAAGACGCGGACGCGUUUGGUCACGCUCCAUGGGUUCAUGCACGCGGUCGCCUGGCAUCGGAUUGAUGUUGAAGACUCGUAUGAGAUUCGCAACGUUACCAACAGUCAAAUAGUCAAGAAGUGGGUGGAAUCGAUUUCGCACACAGCGUACACGUAUCAAGGUGCCGGGGACGGGUUUCCGGGUCUGGGCGAGUACUGGUGGUCGUCAUUCCGGUAUCAGCUGGAGGCGUUUGUCAACCGGAUCAAGGGGCGCGAGACGCAUUACUGGGUCACUAGGGAGGACUCGAUCAAGCAGAUGAAGAUGAUUGAUAUGGCAUAUGAAAAGAGUGGGUUAGGAUUACGACCGACUAGCAUUUUCCAUUGA